AUGCGCGCUCCGCACUACGGCCUCACCACUAGGGGGCGCAGCGGCGAUCCCGGAAAGUCGCGCCGCGUCGUAAAGUGGCGCUGCUUUACGGCUUUGCUUGACGGCCCCGCUCGGCCGAGUCCUCUUCCACGUGAAGCCGGUGGGACGGGCGCUUGGGGCGGGGGGGGGACGCGGCUGUCGGUACCGGGACGCGGCUCUUGGAGGCCGCCAUGGGCAAGCGCCGGGCCGCGGCCGGAGCAGCUGCUCAGCGAGCUCAGCAAGAAGCAAAAGAAGCACCUGCGACUUCGGCGAGAGCACCCGUUCCAUGACAGGGUUCCCAGGAAGGAAGUGAAGCCACAGGCCCCAGAGCUGGCCAAGAGCUCAGAGUCGUCCAGUUCUGAAAGUGAAGAUGAGGAGCCACAGCCCAUCUCUGGGUACAGUCAGCUGCUGGCCACCUUGAAGAGUGUCCCCACAGAGGAGGAGGAGGAGGAAGAGGAGGAGGAGGAGGAAGAAGAAGAGGAGGGAGAGGAAGUGGAGGAGGAGGAAGAGGAGGAGGAGGAGGAAGAGGACAAGGAGGUGGCCAUGAGUGACAGAGUUGGAGGCUGUGAGGAUGGCGUGGAAGAAGAGGCGGUCAAGGCUGAGCAAACUGGCCAUCUGGGUGUCCUGAAUGUGUCCAGUAGUGUGGACAGUCUCUGUCCACUUAGCAGCUGGGUUUUGGGGGCGCACAUUGGUGUGGGCUACUGGACCAGCCAAGUCCCUGCACAGCCAGAGCCCCUGGAGGAAUUUGCUGACACCAAGCAUGAGUCCCUCUUCAGCCUGGAAACGAACUUUCUGGAAGAGGAGAAUGUGGGCAGUGGUGUCCAAGGGGAUUCCCAAGAAUGUGAGCCGGGAGAUGACCCGAGAAGGAUGUCAAUGCUGCGGAGUCUGGCCGCGCCGAGCAGCCGUCAACUGCAGUGGCCGGUGUUGGGCCAGCUCGUCUUCUCCUCCUAGGUUCCGAGUUCUGAACCUCUCAGGCCCCUGAAGGUUGCACCCUUGGAGUCGCGUGGCACUUGCACCCCACCACUGGAGUCUAACUGGGCCCGAGUGAAUGGUGCCCUCACGCCAUUGCAACAGGAGCUACUGGCUCUGCUGGGCUCCUACCGCGACCUGCUAUUCCCCGAACGCUCGGCACUGGGCUGUGGUGAAGAGGUGCGGCGAGUGUACUGCCUACACGCGCUCAACCAUGUGCUCAAGGCUAAUGCCCGCGUACUGGCCAACAAUGCGCUGCGCCGGGCUCACAGGAAUCCGGCCCAGGACGACGCAUUCCGGGACCAGGGCCUCACCCGGCCCAAGGUGCUCAUGGUGCUGCCCUUCCGGGAGUCAGCCCUGCGUGUGGUACAGCUGCUUAUCAGCCUCCUGGAAGGUGACAGUGGCAAGAAGAUGGUUGUGAGCAAUAAGAAGCGAUUUCAGAGCGAGUACGGCUCCGAGCCGGGAGAGCGGCCCCCCAACCUCAAGCGGCCUGAGGAUUAUGAAGCGGUGUUUGCGGGCAACAUUGACGACCACUUCCGGAUAGGUGUGGCCGUUCUCCAGCGCAGCCUCCGGCUCUAUGCCCCCUUUUACUCCUCGGACAUCCUCCUUGCCUCCCCCUUGGGCCUUCGGACAGUCCUUGGGGCUGAGGGCGAGAAGCAGCGGGACUUUGACUUCCUGUCAUCCAUUGAGCUGCUGAUUGUCGACCAGGCUGACGUUUUCCUCAUGCAGAAUUGGGAGCAUGUGCUGCAUCUUAUGGCCCAUGUGAACCGGCUGCCACUGGAGGCUCAUGGUGUGGAUUUCUCCCGGGUCCGUAUGUGGAGCCUCAACAACUGGUCCAGGUAUUUCCGCCAGACUCUGGUGUUCGGGGCGCUGGAGGACCCACAGAUCAACUCUCUGUUCAGCAAGUUCUGUGUCAACACUGAGGGCCAGGUGGCAGUGAGGAAUGUCCCUCUGACUGGCUCUAUCAGCCGCAUCCUGUUGCAGCUCCCACAUGUCUUCCAGAGGAUGGAGGUGACCGACCCGGUGUCCAUGGCUGAUGCCAGGUUCCGCUUCUUCGUGGACCGGAUCCUGCCGCAGUACCGGGAUGCUGCCAUGUCCCACACGCUGAUCUAUGUCCCAUCCUACUUCGACUUUGUGCGGCUGCGGAACCACUUCAAGCGGGAAGAGCUGAGCUUCGUGCACAUCAGCGAGUACACACGCCGGUCUGCCGUGUGCCGUGCCCGCCACUUCUUUUUGCAUGGUGAACGGCGCUUCUUGCUUCUCAGUGAGCGCUUCCAUUUCUACAAGAGGUACACCAUCAAGGGCGCUCGGAACCUCAUCUUCUACCAGCUGCCCACCUAUGCACACUUCUAUGCCGAGCUAUGUGCCAUGUUGGGCGCAGCAGGUGCGGGUGAGCAGGCAUGGACCUGUACCACUCUCUACUCUAGGUAUGAUGCCCAGCGCCUGGCAGCCGUGGUGGGUGCUCAGCGGGCAGCCCAGAUGUUGCAGUCCUCCAAGAGCGUCCACCUCUUCAUUACUGGGGAGCGCUGAGGCCUCAGGAAACCAGAUCUGGGUUGAACUCAGGGACUCGGGUUCUAGGGUGCAGUGUGGCCCCUCCAACCCCCACAUGACUGUUAGCGUUCCCAUCAUCUCCUGCCACUUCUGGACCUUUGCU